AUGAGACAGCCGCUGCUGAUGCCAGAACUCGAAGAUCCCCCUCCGAAGUCCCUCCGAGAAAAAUGCGGUGCCCUGUUGGCCUCGGCUCGAGCCGCGCUCCAAGCCAAGCCCAUAUCCCACUGGAUCCUCCUGACACUUAGCAGCUUGGGAAUACUAGUUGCUUUCCCUGCCUCCUCUCUCUUAUCCCGCGUUUACUUCUCUAACGGUGGGACGAGCAAGUGGAUAAUCUCGUGGGUUGCCGUGGCCGCGUGGCCCAUCCCGGCCCUCGCCUUAAUCCCCACCUACAUUCUCCUCAAAGUCUCUCCGACUCGUCCAACCCUAAUGCUCGUCAUUUCCUAUAUUGCACUUGGCUUCCUUUCAGCUGCUGAUAACCUCAUGUACGCUUAUGGGUACGCUUACUUACCCGCCUCAACCGCUUCUUUACUCGGUUCGACUUCCCUGAUUUUCUCGGCAUUUUUCGGGUACCUUCUCGUCGGUAACAAAAUCACCGCCUCGGUUAUAAAUGCCGUUGUCCUAAUCACGGCCGCCAUGGCCAUAAUCGCCCUCGACUCCGAUUCCGACACGUACGGCGGCGUGACCAAAGCUCAAUACGCGAUGGGAUUCGUGUGGAAUGUGGCGGGCUCGGCCCUGCACGGCCUCAUAUUCGCGCUCUCGGAGCUCGUUUUCGUCAAGCUUCUCGGGCGGAGAUCGUUCCACGUCGUGCUCGAGCAGCAGGCGGCGGUCUCAUUUUUUGGGUUCGUUUUCACGUCGGUCGGGGUAGUGGCGAACAACGAUUUCGCGGGGAUGGGUCGGGAGGCUCGGGUUUUCCGCGGCGGGGAGAGGUCGUACGUAUCGGUUCUGGUGUGGGGUGCAUUGAGUUUUCAAUUGGGGGUUUUGGGCGGGACGGGUGUGCUUUUCUUGGCAUCGACUGUGCUGGCGGGAGUGUUGAAUUCGAUACGUGUGCCGCUCACGAGUGUUGCGGCCGUGGCCAUAUUGAAGGACCCGAUGAGCGGUUUCAAGAUAUUGUCGUUGGUGAUCACGUUUUGGGGUUUCGGUUCAUAUGUGUAUGGUAAUUAUCCAAAGGGCAAUAAGACUUCAACUUCGUCGUGA